AGCCUAUCUGUUCUUGAGAAGCUGGAAUUUGAAGGAGCUAUUCUGAUAUCUGUGCUGCUAUUACUGUAUGUAUGCCUUGUUUCCUGGGUCCACGGGAAGCAUGAGUCUGUUGGGACUUGGGACAAGAGGAAAACAAGACAUCUUCACAAGGAAAAUCAGACACUAAAAAAACUACCCCAAACUCUGAAGAGAUAGAACACAAACAUGACCGACAGUGGAUUUAGGGAUCCUCAAGAGGACUCUGAAAAGGAUUUGGAAAAUGAUCCAUCAGUAAAUUCUCAGGCACUGAAGACCACAGUCACAGCAAGUACCACUGAAGAAGCUCAGGCUGCAUACUCUGCCUCUAGUCUUAACAAAGACCACCAAGAGAUAGAGACAAUAGGUCCAGAAAGUGCAGAUACAGGCGAUACCUCAGAAAAACCAGAUGAAACAAAUUUAGGGGACUAUCCAAAGCAUAAAACAGAACAUGAGAACAACCCGAGUUUUCAGGAUGGAGAACAAGGGCAUCAUGUCUCUUCAGAAAGUCUGGGGGAAGAAGCCUUGGAUCCAGACCCUACCCAUUCUCCAAGUGGCCAGGGAAGAGCAGAUACAGGCGAUACCUUAGAAGGUCCAGAUGAAACAAAUUUAGGGGACUAUCCAACGGAUAAAACAGAACAUGAGAACAACCCGAGUUUUCAGGAUGGAGAACAAGGGCAUCAUGUCUCUUCAGGAAGUCUGGGUGAAGAAGCCUUGGACCCAGACCCUGCCCAUUCUCCAAGUGGCCAGGGAAGAGCAGAUACGCAAUUAGACAGCAGCCCUGCAGCCUUUCCUGAGGAAGUGAGCAACAGGACUAGAGCUUCUCAGGAACCACCUGCUGCCAUAGCCCUCCUGGCCCAGAGUCCUGGUCUAGAGGGCCAGGAUACACUGAGGAGGCGACAGCCGGUGCCAGAGCCUGAAAAUCAUCAACAAGAAACACAAAAAUUGGAAGAAAACAAUGAUAAUGCACAAGACGCCAUAAGAAAGAUUAAGGAAAAGGUUUUUCAGUGCUAUGGUCCCAUCUUUGUUGGCUUCAUGGUUGCGAUUAUUAUGCUAAGUCUUCUUGGCUACUGUUCAUUUUCAGCACAGCAAGUACCCCAAAAGCCAGCUUUGGAGGCUUUCUUGGCUCACUUCAGCCAACUGAAGGAUAAAUUUCCAGGCCAGAGUUCCUUCCUGUGGCAGAGAGGACGUAAGUUUCUCCAGAAGCACCUCAAUGCUUCAAACCCCACUGAGCCAGCCACCCUCAUCUUCACAGCAGCUCGAGAUGGAAGAGAGACCCUGAAGUGCCUGAGCCACCACGUUGCGGAUGCCUACACCUCUUCUCAGAAGGUCUCUGCUAUUGAGAUCGAUGGGGCUGGAAGAACCUCACAGGACAGUGACACAGUCAAGCUGUUGGUUGACAUGGAGCUGAGCAAUGGAUUUGAGAAUGGCCAGAAGGCUGCCGUGGUGCACAACUUUGAAUCCCUUCCUGCAGGCUCCACCUUGAUCUUCUACAAGUAUUGUGAUCAUGAAAAUGCUGCCUUUAAAGAUGUGGCCCUGGUCCUGACUGUUCUACUAGAGGAGGAAACUUUAGAAGCAAGUGUAGGCCCAAGAGAAACGGAAGAAAAAGUGAGGGAUUUACUGUGGGCCAAGUUUACCAAUGCUAACACUCCUAGCUCCUUCAACCACAUGGACUCAGACAAACUGAGUGGCCUCUGGAGCCGUAUUUCACACCUAGUACUGCCCGUUCAGCCAGUGAGGAACAUAGAGGAACAGGGGUGCCUUUUAAAAAGCUAAGCUCAGAGUUGAUUAUAGAAGGCAUGGCUUAUGAAAAAGUCACUUUGAAGGCCUUCCAUGUAUGUGGAAGGAGGCUAAUAAAUGCAAAAGGAUAGCCUGAAAGCACAAAAGAGCUUAUCUUAGGAAAAAAAUUUUUAUUUUUUACUUUUUGUAAAAUCUUUCUAAUAAUCUAAGCCUUGACAAACCUAAAAAUUGGUGACUUUCUUCUUUGCCUUUUUGAGCAAAUCAGGUUUGAAAUACAACAUGGUAUCUAUAACCAAGGGAUUUUUUAAAAUUCCAAAAUAUAGCAACCAAAUCAUUGCACAGGAACAUACUUUUCAGAGUAACUACAGAAUGAUUUUUGUUUUCUUGAGUUGAGACUGUAAAGAAUCUUUCAGACAGUGUUUGAACUUGGACUAAAGUAAUUAUAAUUAUGAAGCAAUGUUAAAUUUUAGAAAAUUUUUUCUAGCACGUGUUAAGUAUCUUUAAAACCCACUUUAAGAGCUCCAGUCGCGCAGUCGGUUAGCGCAUGGUACUGAUAAAACCCACUUGAAUAAUGUAGUUGUGAGUAGUAUAAAAAAAAGAAAAUACAGAUUUAAACCAUAAUGUACUUAAACUAAAUUCUUUAUGUAAGGCACUGUGCUUUUUUUCUGUUAAUAAGCUGAGAUGAGAACAACUAUGCUCAAAAAAUGUUCUGGGCUGAGAUGGUGGCUCAUGCCUGUAGUUCUAAGCCUUCAUGUGGAAGGCUGAGGCAGGAG